UUGACUGUGGCCUGUCUGAGGGGCUGUGAUUAUCUACCCUCCUAUCUCAGAGCCUAGUGUUGAGUCUGGCGCUUCUCAGGCACUCAGGGACUUUCAAAUGAAUGAAGGAACAGUUAGAAGAAGGGAGGGAGGGAAGCAGGAAGGGAAGAUGGGUGAUCAGUAGGACUUGGUGAUGCACUGGCAGAUCCACGCAAAUGUCAGCGAAUCCCAAUCCAGGGUCAGGAACGGAGGCUCGCCCUUUUCUACCUCCACAGAUGUCACGGGGUCAUCACACACAAGGAAACUCAUUCUUCUGAUUCUACUGGGUCGUGGAGACUAAGCCUGCAUUCGACAACCUCUCAGUCCAAAUAACCAAGACAGAAGAGUGUGUUUCCUUCAUGGUCUUUCUUGUGGCUGGCCCUGUGCAGUUUGUGUACUUGUUGAGAGCUUUGACUGUCUUUGACGCUGUUUUUGCUGAACUGGGUUUUUCCGAGACCCUCUCUCCUCAUAGGCUCAGUUUCACCCUGCCAUCUGCAGUCGGCCAGUUUCGGUGGCAGAAGAGGCCACAACUGCUUCCUGUUGGCCUCCUGGGCAGAAGCAUGCAGUGGUGUCUCCUCCUGAUCUGGGCCCAGGGGCUGAGGCAGGCUCCCCUCCCCGCCUCAGGCUCCGUGACAGGCAGAAUAGUAACGGGGAACAUUUCUGCAGAGGAAGGUGGCUCUGUCACCUUACAGUGUCACCUCUCCUCCACCACUGCCAAAGUGACUCAAGUUAACUGGGAGCAGCAGGACCAAGCCCUGGCCAUUUAUCACACUAACCUGGGGUGGCACAUCGACCCAGCCUUCACAGAGCGAGUGGUCCCAGGCCCCCACCUGGACCUCACCCUCCGGUCGCUGACCAUGAAUGACACAGGAGAGUACUCCUGCAUCUAUCACACCUACCCUGACGGGAUUUACAAAGGGACACUCUUUCUGGAAGUCCUACAAAGCUCAGUGGCUGAGCACAGCGCUGGGUUCCUGGUCCCUUUGCUUGGAGCCACGGCCACAGCGCUGGUGGUCAUCUGCACAGCAGUCAUUGUGGUGGUCACAGUGGCCCGAAAGAAAUGUCUCAGAAUGCAUUCUGCAGAAGGCAGCCUCGGGACGUCUGGGCAGGAGGAGUGGCGGCCCAGGGCUCCGUCAUCCCCCGGCAGCUGUGUCCGGGUGGAGGCCGUGCCCUCCGGCCUCGGCAGGGAGCAGACGGAAGAGGACUACGCGGAGCCGCACGACUACUUCAACGUCCUGAGUUACAGAAGCCUCGGGAGCCUCAGCUUCCCCGCCGAGACCAGUUAGCUCUGGGAGGCAUCUUGUAGGAGACACGGCCCGGUCUUUGCUAUCACAGAUGGACGACGCGCAUCUGCACAUCGCAGCUCCGUCUGCGCAAGCACGCGCGCGCGUGUGUGCAGACAUGUGUACGUGCGUGUGCCUCUGUGUGUGUGUUCAGUUCAGUGAAUGUAUGUCGUCCUCUCCUCUGUCUGCAUCUCCUCUACCUUUCCCUCCAUUCCAUUGUGGCAGACCCAGGUGAGGAGCUUGUAUCUCGAUUAUGAAUGCAAAGUUAAAAAAACCCAAACAACACUUGACCUGGCUUUGAAUCUGGCAGCUGGAGCAGAUCCUGCGGCUCUGGGAAAUUCAUUCCCCCUGCAGCACUGGGCAGGGUUUGGGGCUGC